AUUAAAGCAAGCACUCCUGGAGUCCAGGCUUAAUUUUCUCCACUGGCUUGUUUGGGAACUGGCCUCUUCUAAGCUCUGUAGUAGCAUUAACUUGCUCGGCUGCCGGCUGAACGACAGCUGAUCCUGGGACUCUUUAAGGCGGAGUCCUUGCCAAACGCACCCAUCUCCACCCUCAACCCCACUCGUCUCUCUCGGCGGUCUAGGACCACCAGGAUCAAUUUCGGGGUUUUCUUUCUCCAGUAAGAGUUGGCAGAAGAGGCUUGAAAACAAAAAGAGGAGGCAGAGGAAAAGAAGUAACAGUAGAGCUGUGAAUUCUUUUGGACAGUUGAUGAUAUUUAUCAUUGUGCCCAGUUUCUACACAUAAAAGAUGGGUGGAUUAUUUUCUCGAUGGAGGACAAAACCUUCAACUGUAGAAGUUCUGGAAAAUAUAGAUAAGGAAAUUCAAGCAUUGGAAGAAUUUAGGGAAAAAAAUCAGAGAUUACAAAAAUUAUGGGUUGGAAGAUUAAUUCUCUACUCUUCGAUUCUCUAUCUGUUUACAUGUUUAAUUGUAUACUUGUGGUAUCUUCCUGAUGAAUUAACAGCAAGACUUGCCAUGACACUUCCAUUUUUUGCUUUUCCAUUGAUCAUCUGGAGCAUAAGAACAGUGCUUAUUUUCUUCUUUUCCAAGAGAACAGAAAGAAAUAAUGAAGCACUGGAUGAUUUAAAAUCCCAGAAGAAAAAAAUACUUGAAGAAGUCAUGGAAAAAGAAACUUAUAAAACGGCUAAGUUAAUUCUUGAAAGGUUUGAUCCAGACUCAAAGAAAGCAAAGGAGUUUGAGCCGCCAUCUGCUGGAGCAGCUGUAACUGCAAGACCUGGACAAGAGAUUCGUCAGCGAACUGCAGCUCAGAGAAACCUUUCUCCAACACCCGCGAGCUCUAGCCAGGGCCCUCCUCCACAAGUUCCAGUAUCUCCUGGACCACCAAAGGACAGUUCAGCCCCGGGUGGACCCCCAGAAAGAACUGUUACUCCAGCCCUAUCAUCAAAUGUGUUACCAAGACGUCUUGGAUCCCCUGCUACUUCAGUGCCUGGAAUGGGUCUUCAUCCUCCGGGUCCACCUUUAGCAAGACCCAUUCUCCCCCGAGAACGAGGUGCUCUGGAUAGAAUUGUUGAAUAUUUAGUUGGUGAUGGUCCACAAAACAGGUAUGCCCUUAUAUGUCAGCAGUGUUUUUCUCAUAAUGGCAUGGCUUUGAAAGAAGAAUUUGAAUACAUUGCUUUUAGAUGUGCCUACUGUUUUUUCUUGAAUCCUGCAAGAAAAACUAGACCUCAGGCUCCAAGACUUCCAGAGUUUAGUUUUGAGAAGAGGCAGGCAGUGGAAAGCUCAAGUUCAGUUGGUCCCUUGCCCUCAAGAAGUGUGAUUUCAUCAGAGAACCAGAUCAGUGAAGAAUCUGUACAAGAACAAGAUGUUCUUGAUAGCAGUACAGAGCAGACAGAUGAGAAAAUACCAGAUACAGAGCAGACAAACCAAGGGGCUGAAAAAGUAUCUGGCACAGAGGAACCAGAGGAGAAACAAGAGGCCAUGAAUGAGGACGCCUCAGUGAAUGAAGCCAAAUCGCCGGUCCCCAGAGCUGAUUCUAUUCCUAAUCCUGAACUCAGUGGAGAAUCUUUGAUGGCCAUGUAGUAAAUGCUUCCACGUGCCUUCAACUGGAUAUUUGUAGUCUUUUUGAUGUCAGUUAUUGCUUUCUUGGUGGUGCUUUCUUUUUUUUCCCCUAAGGUUAUGCUUGAUAUCACUUGAAUUUAGAUUGCUUGGCUAUUUCAAUAUGUCAAAGUUGUAGCUCCUGGGUGUUAAAUUAAAGGCAAGUGAUAGCAGUAAAGUAAGAACCUUUGGAAUGUAUAAAGACCCACGCUGUUUAGCCGGCUUUUAGAUGUUUUCUUCUACUCUAAAAGUAAACAAAAUAGCAUUCUUGUUUUCUCUAUGUGUGACCUGUAAAUAGUACCAUUUUGACAUAGGAAGAACUUUGGUUAUGAAUAAGUUCUAAUGGUGUUCAUUUUAAGGAAUGAAACUCAAUUAAGAUUUUUAAUCAUUCAUCAUCAAAAAUGGGUAGAAUUUUAAUUCUUGAGAUAUUUGCAGGGGGGAUGUCUAUUUAGGCAUUUACAUUAAGUGGUAAGAAAGUUAUAACUGUAACUAUAUAGGCAUUGGUACGAAUUCUCAGUAAGAAUGCAAUUGAACAGUCAAGUGCAGUGUUUCUUUUUUGAUGUUUCUUAUUUUGCAGCUGGGCCAAAGGCACAUGAUGUAUAUAAUUAGCUUAUGUUUAUAUAUUAACACAUAGGAAAUAUCUCUGCACUUGACUGUACUUGAAUUCUGAGCAUUAUUUAUACUUGUAAAAUAAUGGUGAUAUAUAAGUGAAUUUUGUGCUCUUGCGUGUAUUUUGUUAAGGAAAAUAAAGAUGAUCUGGCUGC